AUGCUGCAGGCACAAAUGGCGAAGAGGAAGACAAAAGUCAAGCGAAAUCCAAAAGGUGGUAUAAAAAAGGGCGACAAGAUUCACGGACAGAAGAAAGGCAAAAAGGGCGAAGCCGCUGCGUAUGUGACGAGAGCACAGGCGUUGGCGAAGCUGCAAAUUCCGCUAGCGGAUUUCCGAAAGCUUUGCAUUCUGAAGGGGAUCUAUCCUCGCGACCCCAAGAAGAAAGCGCAUGGCAAUGACAAGACAUACUACCACCAGAAAGACAUAGCUUUCUUGAGGCAUGAGCCACUGUUAAACAAGUUCUUCGAGCUGAAGACUUUCAUGAAGAAGUUCAAGCGGCUGAUGGGCCGGCGAGAAGUCAAAAGUGCAAGACGCUUUGAGGAAAGGAAGCCGAAGUAUACGCUGCAUCAUCUUGUGCGGGAAAGGUAUCCCUCUUUCGAUGAUGCCAUCCGUGAUUUGGAUGACGCAGUGAGUAUGUUGGCACUUUUCCAGUCGUUGUCCGCUGAUCAGGCGAAGGACAUUCCUGUUGAGGCAAUUACCGAAGCAACGCAGCUCUACCAGGAGUUCCAGCUGUACGUGAUUCGUGCCCAGGCUUUGCGCAAAGUUUUCGCCUCCAUCAAGGGGUAUUACUUUCAGGCAGACAUCCUUGGCCAUUCAGUCACUUGGCUGGCCCCCCACCAGUUUGCACAGGAGCUACCGGCGGAGGUAGAUUUUCGUGUCAUGCUCACCUUUCUGGAGUUUUAUCGUGCUAUGGUCAAGUUUGUCAACUUCCGUUUGUAUGGCGAUCUCGGCCUGACGUAUCCGCCGAGGCGAGUUGCGGAGCUGGAACGCACGUCAGCAGAUGUGGCUGCGCUGGAGACAGAGAUGCGGGAGGCGGGCAAGGCGCAGCAGCAGCACAGCCAGGACAGCGCGGAAAUCGCCACGAACGUCAUGCAUGACUUCGGAGACCAAAGUGAGGCCGUGGCGAUACAACAGAGUUUAGCGGAGGCUGGAAGAAUGAAGACUACUUUUCGUGGUCUUCGUGUGUUCGUCAACCGGGAAGUUCCUCUGAGGCCGUUGUACUUCGUUCUGCUGUGUGGCGGAGUGGCUGAGGUCGGCUGGGAACGAGGUGCGCAAGCUGGGGAAUCUGCAGGACCUGGUUCAGCCUACCCUGCGGAAGGUGACUCAAUUACGCACCACGUAGUUGAUCGGCCAGCCGGCUCUUUUGAAUUACGGCCUGGCCGUGAGUAUGUUCAGCCUCAAUGGGUUUUCGAUUGCUUCAACAUAGGCUGCUUGCUGCCAAUUGGCCCCUAUGCACCAGGGCGUACACCGCCGCCGCACCUUUCACCGUUUGUGGAUGACAAAGCGGAGGGCUACGUGCCACGCCAACGUGAGAUCCUGGAUCGCUUCGCAGCCGAGGUUUCCGGCCAAAAGGAGACAGAGGCCUUGUACUGGGUAGGUGUUGAAGCAGAGGGCAUUCCGAGAUCUGCAGGAUGGAGGUGA